UGAUGACUGAACCCUAGUUCUUCUCUCUUCACAUUUUGCAUUAGUAUCCCUCUGCGCAACCACCACCGUCUUCCUUCCGAGUGUCGACCACCAUCACCGGUCGAAUUACAAACCUUCAUUUUCACCGGCGAACAUCUCAGCUCGGUACUCCACCGAAGAGGUACAGAAAAGCUAUGGACGAGAAUGAUGUAUCAAAUGAAGUAGUGAAAGGGAAGAAGAAAGGGAAGCACGAUAAACCAAAACCAUGGGAUGACGAUCCUAACAUCGACCACUGGAAGGUUGAGAAAUUCGAUCCAUCAUGGAACGAAAGUGGAAUGCUUGAAGUCAGUUCCUUCUCCACCCUCUUUCCUCAAUAUCGUGAAAAAUAUCUUCAAGAAGCUUGGCCACUUGUUAAAUCCUCCCUCAAAGAAUUCGGUAUCUCUGCUGAACUCAACUUGGUUGAGGGUUCAAUGACAGUUUCAACAACCAGAAAGACUAAGGAUCCUUAUAUUAUUGUUAAAGCUAGGGAUCUUAUCAGACUUCUUUCUCGAAGUGUUCCUGCUCCACAGGCAAUAAAAGUACUUGACGAUGAAAUGCAAUGCGACAUCAUUAAAAUUAGUGGGUUGGUUCGCAACAAGGAACGAUUUGUAAAAAGAAGGCAACAUCUUGUGGGUCCCAAUUCUUCCACCUUGAAGGCUCUUGAAAUACUCACAGGUUGUUACAUUCUCGUCCAGGGAAACACGGUUUCUGUAAUGGGUUCAUACAAAGGUUUGAAGCAAGUUAGAAGGAUUGUUGAGGAAUGCAUGCUGAAUAAAAUGCACCCUGUCUACAACAUUAAGAUUCUUAUGAUGAAGAAGGAACUUGAAAAAGACCCCGCACUUGCCCAAGAGAACUGGGAUAGGUUUCUCCCAAAGUUUAACAAGAAAAAUGUAAAGCAAAAGAAGGUUAACGCUAAACCGAAGAAGCCGUAUACUCCUUUCCCUCCUCCUCAACAGCCUAGCAAGGUUGAUAUACAAUUGGAAACUGGGGAGUACUUUUUGAGUGACAAAAAGAAAUCGGCAAAGAAAUGGCAAGAGAGGCAGGUGCAGCAAGCAGAAAAAACUGCUGAAAACAAAAGAAAACGAGACGAGUCCUUUGUCCCACCCAAGGAACCUGCAAAUCUGGUGGGUAACUCUGAGGAUGCUAGUAAUAAUGUAGCUGAAAUGGCAAUGUCCUUAAAGGAAAAAGCUAGGAAGUUUGGCAAGCGCAAAUCGGAAGAAAAUAUAAAUGCCGAGACAUAUAUUAUGGGGUCAUCAGACCAACCAUCAAAAAAGAAAUCUAAGAAGCAAAAGUCUUGAGUGUGUUCUUCAUUUUAGAGAUGGAAUAUGUGCACAUGUGAUGUGAAUUUAAUCCAUAAAUUUUGAUCCAAUAUCUGUAGUCUGUAACAUGUUACUUCUGGUCCUUAUACAAUUUUCCCUUCAGAAUCAAUGUCGCACACUUGGGUAUAUCCAAUGUCUUCUUGAGUAACUUAUGACAUACAUUUGAUUUAUUUGCUAAAUUUGUUGUACUAUUUUGGGAGUUGUGGAAGUAGAAUUGAAACAUUUUAAUCGAAACUUUA